AUGGCCAACAGCUUGACCACUACCCAGAUAAGCCCACCACUUACACAGUUUAAUACAAGUGUCUUAAAUUUGGCUACCAACCAAUCAAUAUCUAGCCCAAACAUACAAUUCAUAUACAACCCUGCGAAAGCCGUCAUAUACGCUGUUGUUCUAUCUAUUUUCAGCAUGAUAUCCAUUCCACUUAAUCUAUUUAAUUUAAUCACCUUGUAUCGUAAUCCUAUCUUGCACAACAUGAACAAUUUGCUCAUUGGAAACCUAGCUUUAGUCGAUUUUCUAAAUGGACUGAUUGUUUUACCACUUAUUAUUCUUACAUCGCUAAUAGGCUAUCCAGGCCAUUUCAUAUGCCAAUUACAAGGAUUUUUCGUACUUAUGCUGUAUUUGGCUUCGUUAUCGUCUACAUCAGCAAUUAGUGUUGACCGUUUUUAUGCAGUUAUCAAGCCCUUUCGUUAUAGUUCCAUCAUUACUCCUAAAAAAUGUAUCAUUAUAACAUUAUAUAUUUGGCUUAUACCGUUAAUAUUUGGGAUUACACCUACGCUUGGAUUGCAAAAAUAUGGUUUGGGACGUUAUUUUCUGCUAUAUUUUUGCGCGAUCUCUUUUGAAAAAUUUCAAGAAAACUACUUGAUACAUGCCUUACUAAUGUUUUAUAUUAUUAUUAUUAUGUUUCCAUUACUAUAUCUAUUAUUAUUAUAUGUUAUAUCAUUAUUUUUUAUGAUUGCUUAUCAAAAAUCAGCACAAGAUUUGGCCCGUGGCAACUUAAAAAAGUCAAUUCGCACAACUUCAAUGAUUAUUGGAACAAACUUAGUCUGUUGGUUGCCCUAUGUCAUUAUUGGUAUUCGAAGUGUUGCUUAUAUCAACCGCGAUGUAGUACCAGUUUAUCGUCCAACUUUUGCGAACAUUAUAUCUGUAAUAUUAAUUUUCAGUAAUUCUGCUAUUAACCCAGUUAUCUAUGCAACGACAAAUAGUUUUAUACGCAAGCGAUUUUGCGGGCUUUUACAUUCUAACCGUAUUCAACCAUGGACGUCUGCUACACCAAGAUAG